UGUUUUGCUACACAUAGAAUUUUUUUGUCUUUUUUGCCGUGAAUACAUUUCCUGGUAUUUUUUCACCAAAUUUCAGACGGAAGUACAUCGGGAACCCACGUUUGAUAUCCCCAAAUCCCAGAUUUUUUUUCAAAAUUUUCGGUAUUUUUUCUCUGGUAUUGUAUAAGGGGUGCGGAGCACCCGAGAGCUCUAAAUCCUCGUCCGUAGUCCACCAUACUACUCCCGAGUCAAAGAACGGCAACCUGGUACACACACGCGCGGAAUGGAGUACGGUAGUCACCCCACACUCCAUUGAUCUCAACAACCUUGGUCUCACUCGGGUGCUUUCUCCCUGCUCGCCACUCCCCGACCCCCCGCCAAUGCCGACGCCAGAGGCCGCAUUCGCAGGCAUCCUCCUCCUCGUCGUCUCCUUAGUUUCUGCUCUAGCCGGCGCCAAUGCCGCGACGGAGUCGGAGGCCGAGGCGCUGCUGGCCUGGAAGGCCAGCCUCGCCGCCGCCGCCGCGCUGUCCGAUUGGACCAAGGCCGCGCCGGCCUGCUCCUGGCUCGGGGUGUCCUGCGACGCAGCCGGACAUGUCCUUUCGCUCAGGCUCGUGGGCCUCGGCCUCACCGGCACGCUCGACGCGCUGGACUUCACGGCGCUCCCGGAUCUGGCCACGCUCGACCUUAACAACAACAACCUCUUCGGCGCAAUCCCGGCGAGCCUCUCGCGCCUCCGCUCCCUGGCCAAGCUCGACCUCGGCAGCAACGGGUUCAACGGCUCCAUCCCGCCGCAGCUCGGCGACCUCUCCGGCCUCGUGGACCUCCGGCUCUACAACAACAACCUCGCCGAUGCCAUCCCCCACCAGCUCAGCAGGCUCCCCAGGAUCAAGCAUUUCGACCUGGGAUCCAACUUCCUCACCGACCCGGACUACAGCAGGUUCUCGCCGAUGCCCACCGUCAACUUCAUGUCGCUCUACCUCAACUACCUCACCGGCAGCUUCCCGGAGUUCGUCCUCAACAGCAGCAACGUCACCUACCUCGACCUGUCGCAGAACAACUUCUCGAGGCCGAUACCAGACACGCUGCCGAAGAAGCUCCCCAACCUCAUGUACCUCAACUUGUCCGUCAAUGCCUUCUCCGGCGGGAUACCAGCGUCGCUGUCGAAGCUGAGGAAGCUCCGGGACCUACGGAUUUCAACCAACUAUCUGACGGGGGGCAUCCCCGAUUUCCUUGGGUCCAUGUCCCAGAUGAGAGUUCUUGAACUUGGCGGCAACCCGCUCGGCGGUCCGAUCCCGCCGGUUCUUGGCAGGCUCCAAAUGCUACAGCGCCUUGACCUGAGGAGUGCCAUGUUGGUUUCCACUAUUCCACCGCAGCUGGGCAACCUUGGCAAUCUCAGAUUCACGGACCUGUCCAUGAACCAGCUCAGCGGUGUCCUGCCGCCGGAGUUGGCCGGGAUGCGCAAAAUACGGGAAUUUGGCAUAUCAUCCAACAAUCUCGCCGGUCAGAUUCCACCGGCUAUGUUCACCAGCUGGCCAGACCUCAUAAAUUUCCAAGUGUUCAAAAACUCAUUUACCGGGAAGAUUCCGCCAGAAAUCGGCAAGGCAACCAAGCUAGAAAUCUUGUAUCUCUUCAGCAACAACUUUACCGGCUCUAUCCCGGUAGAGAUUGGCCAGUUGGUGAACCUGGUUCAGUUGGACCUGUCCGUAAACUGGCUCACAGGCCUGAUACCUCACUCGCUUGGGAACCUCAAGCAGCUCACGCGGCUGACGCUGUUUUUUAAUGAGCUCAUUGGUGCCAUCCCACCGGAGAUCGGCGACAUGACAGCACUGCAAGUACUGGACGUCAACACCAACCAUUUGGAAGGCGAGCUGCCCACGACCAUCACAUCACUCGGUAAUCUCCAAUACCUUGCGCUGUUUGAUAACAACUUCACUGGUACCAUACCACCGGACCUCGGCAAGGGGCUGAGCUUAACCGAUGCCGCCUUCGGGAACAACAGCUUCUCCGGUGAGCUGCCGCAGAGCCUGUGCCACGGCCUCGCGCUGCAGAACUUCACAGCAAACCACAACAACUUCAGCGGCACCCUGCCGCCAUGCCUGAAGAACUGCGCAGGCCUGUACCAUGUGAGACUGGAGCAGAACCAAUUCACCGGCGACAUCUCAGAGGUGUUUGGCGUCCAUCCCAUCUUGGAUUCCUUGGAUGUCUCGAAGAAUCAGCUGACAGGGAAAUUGUCGCCUCAUUGGUCACAGUGCACCAAUCUUACAGUUCUAUCCAUGAACAACAACCUCAUGUCUGGCAGUAUCCCUGCAGCCUUGUGUCGAUUGACCUCUCUCCGAUCACUGGAUCUAUCAAAUAACCAAUUCACCGGGGAGCUCCCACACUGCUGGUUGAAAUUAAAGGCACUGGUGUUUAUGGAUGUGUCCAACAAUGGUCUGUGGGGUAACUUUCCUGCCUCAACGAGCUUGGAUGACUUUCCUCUCCAAUCACUUCGUCUUGCUAACAAUAGCUUCUCCGGAGAAUUCCCAUCUGUCAUUGAGACUUGUUGCAGUAUGCUCAUCACACUAGAUCUUGGGGACAACAUGUUUGUUGGUGAUAUUCCGUCUUGGAUUGGAACAAGUGUUCCUCUUCUAAGAGUUCUGACCCUCCCAUCCAACAAGUUCAGUGGUGUCAUUCCAUCUGAGUUGUCCAAACUUUCUAAUCUGCAAGUACUUGACUUGUCCAAGAAUAGCUUUACUGGAUCGAUCCCAGGAACGUUCGGCAACUUAACAUCAAUGAUGAAAACACCAAAACAAGUUUUCUCCAGCAAAAAAGUAGAAUCUUCUGGAAGGCAUGAUUUUGUCCAAGUGAGACGGAUUUCCACAUUUUCUCGGAGGACAGUGCCAGCCAAUAACCCGUCGCUGCUGGAUAAGUACCGAGACAGAGUUAACAUUUUCUGGAAGGGCCGUGAACAAACUUUCCAGAAAACAAUCGAAAUAUCAGGCAGUAUUCCAGAAAGCAUUGGUGGUUUGGAGCUAUUGGAGUCCCUUGACCUCUCAUGGAAUGAACUUUCAGGUGCUAUCCCUCCUACCAUUUCAAAAUUGAAUUCGCUCGGCGUGUUAAAUCUGUCCAACAAUCUCUUAAGGGGCGUCAUACCCACUGGAAGUCAGAUGCAGACAUUUGCAGACGAAUCAAUUUAUGGCAACAAUCCGGGGCUUUGUGGGUUCCCGUUGAGCAUAGCUUGUUCGGAUGAGGGAACUGAAGACCACCAAGAACUUGGACGAGGUAUAUGGUUGUGGUACUCUAUAAUCCUUGGCAUCGUUUUCGGUUUUUGGUCCUGGUUUGGAGCUCUGUUUUUCCUCAGGCCAUGGAGGUUUUUCUUUCUCCAAUUUCUUGAUAAGUUAGGCAGUAAGUAAGGUUCUUAUAUCCUCAGAUGUAUUUUUUUCUCUGCAAUUCUAAACUAAAUAAUUUCAAAGUUUUCUGUAUCUGUAGCAAGCUUUAGAAAUUGUGGAAUUACUUCCUUCCUUUGGUGAAGGAACUUGUGGUUUCUCAGCA